AUGCCCAUCCUCACCAGCUCCAGGCCAGGAGACUUCGUGGGCAGGGGCACGCAGAGCGCUGAGGCCGUCGCCGAGCCCGUGGCAUCCCCGGGCAGCCCCUGCAGCCUCCUGGUCUGGCUUCUGCUCCUUCAGCGCUGGCUCAGGGAGGCCCCAGCGGGUGGGUCAGCGACGUCCUCGCCCACUUCACCCCUCUCGGGAGACUUGGAAGCGCUGCCCUGGAGCCUAGGAGGACAUGGCCUUCUCGGCUGUCCGAGGGGCUCCAGGGAGACAGGGCCUGUUUCUUUGAGGUUCUCCUUGCUACCUGUCCUCACCCCAUCGUGUGGCCAAGUGUUCCUGAAAAUCGUGGGAGGAAAUCAGAGUGAAGAAGGGAAGUGGCCCUGGCAGGUGAGCCUGAGGGUCAGUGGCAGCGUGUGCGGAGGUUCCCUCAUCUCAGCUCAGUGGCUGCUGACUGCAGCCCACUGUAUUUUAAGCUGUUACCGCUGCAGUGUCAUGAUGGGAGAUCGGAGUGUCUGUGGUGAAAUCUCAGGGUUGGUGGUUCCUAUCAGCCGAGUCGUUGUUCACCCUCAGUUCUCAACACGUGGAACUGUUAAAUAUGACCUUGCUCUUCUCCGGCUCUUCUACCCUGUAAAUUUCACUGGGGUCAUCCAGCCUAUAUGCAUCCCUGAGAAGACUUUCCAGGUGGAAGCUGGGACCAGGUGCUGGGUGACUGGAUGGGGCAAGCAACAAGAAUUCGGUGGCCCAUGUGUCUCAGUCUUUCUCUGGGAGAUGGACCAAUAUAUCAUCUACUAUGAAGAAUGUAAUGGGAUGAUCCAGAAGGCCAUGCCAGCAGAUAAGGAUGUAGUACUGGAAGGAAUGCUGUGUGGCUAUAAUAGUAUAGGAAACGAUUCUCGUCAGUUAAGUUCAUGGGGAGAUUCUGGGGACCCUCUGGUCUGUCAGUAUAAUACCACAUGGGUCCAGAUAGGGAUUGUGAGCUGGGGUGUCAGCUGUGGUUGUAAAAUUUCACCUGGAGUUUUUAUGGAUACUGCCUUCUACACUAAGUGGCUAGUUGCAGUGGUGAACCAGGCUACCUCUUUGUAUCCAGUGGUGCUCCUCAUCCUACUGGUGUGUCUGGUGCUGCCUCUGGGCAUCCUGGCGACCCUGUGA